AUGAAGGUUGCCACCAAGUACGUCAUGGUCAAUUCCGGAGCCACGACGAGUGAUGUUGUGCACGCAGACGCGCAUGCUGGCGAUGUAGAACAAACACCUGCAGAACCCAGUGUUGCGCCAAGACCCUUGCGUGCACCAGAUUCCCCGUCCGACGAACGUCGCCUGCUGCAUGAGCUCACUCAUGCUGACUUUGCGCCAUGGUGUCCACACUGCAUAGCAAGCAAAGCGCCGGAAGACCAACACCCGUCGAAACAAACACGACGAUCCAGAAAUCCCCGUGAUCCAGUUGGAUUACCAGUUUUCAGCCGGGAUGGUGGGCUUGUGGAGGAAGAAAGCCGCGCAGCCACCGUCCUCACCGGUGUUGACACCUCGUCCGGCUGGCCACCUAUGGUAUUCAUCCCGCACAAAGGCGUCGAUGCGUAUGCGGUGAAGUCGCCGAUGGUUCGGAUCAAUCGCCUAGGGUAUCAAAAGGUGACCCUACAACAUGAUCCCGAGGAAACUUCCGAUGACGAUGCAGGUUCCGACACCACCUCCAGUGCACCAGGCCCAGAUGGUCAAGAACCAGGUUGCAGCGAGGUUGGAACACAGGGUCAGGCCGGUGACGUCAGGAAAGAGUUCGAGCAGCUUGUCACGGAAAAGAUGGCCACAAAAGGAUACAGUUUCCAACGAGGAACGAAAGUCAACGUGUUAGGGCGCACGAAGGUGCAGACGCAUGAUGCUUUCUUCACGCUACCUGAAGCCAAACACCGCGACAACAUCCUCACACUCCUCGACCUCUGGCAUGCCAAGCCGUCGAGAGUCGCAGGACGCUACUUGUUGUACAAACCCAACUUGGCUAGAGUAGUGGCCCUGAACCCCGAAAGUAAGGCCUCCGGUGUGAUGACCGUCGAUGGUUUUACAGAUUCGGAUUGGGCAGGAUGCUUGGACACACGGCGUUCCAGUUUCGCAUGGCUAUAUGUAGUCUUCGUGCACCCGCAAACUCAGCCCGGACUCCCCGCAACAUCGUCCGGAGAAGCCGAAGCGCGCGCCUUUGGCAGAGGUGCUAGGGAUGUCAUGUUCAUCAAACAGCUUGGUGAAGGCGAUUUUGGUUUGAAAAUGGCCACCCCUCACGCUUGGACAGAUGCAAGUACCGCGUUGCAAACAUCAAAACGGUUGGGCGCAGGUGCCCGCAUGCGACACAUCGACGUGGCGGCCCUCUAUGUCCAAGAUUUGGUGUACCAAAAGCAGCUGAAGGUAGGCAAGGUCCUUGGCACGUCAAAUCCAAAUCCGUCGAACUGCCUCACAACGCAUUUGGAUGCCAAAUUCAAAGAGCAGUGCGUUCAGGACUUAGGCAUGGUUGAUUUCAGUAGGUCAGAUUUGCAACCCUUACUGGAAACUGCCGAACAAAUUGAACUCGUGGCUGCCUUGUUGGCCCAGCGUCCGAAACCAAAAUCCGAAACGCCAUGGAAACCAAAUUUUGCAAUCGCCGCUGAUGCGCUAGAAGUGUGUAUCCUACAAUCUUUGUCAGGGGUCACAGCUCAAACCCUUACAACGCCUUCCUCAGGCAUUGCCUUGGGGUGA